AAGCUUCCACGCGGAGUGAUGCCCUUUGAUGUGCCGCUUAUCUUUCAUCGGUAACCUAGAGAUACUUGUUACGCAAUCAUUUCAUUUGCACAUAAUUUAGAAGCGUUAACAGGUUCCGACAGUGUGACACUUGUUAUUUAAUCGUUAUAAUUACAAAGAAUGGAUAUUGAUGAGCAUUUCAAGUCUUUAAAAGCAAUAUAUCCUUUUAAUUUUGAUUUAAAAGAUGAACAAAAGCGCGUUAUUCAAGCCGUUAUGGAUAAAAAGGAUGCAUCAGUUCUGCUGCCUACUGGAUAUGGAAAAAGCAUGUGUUAUGUUGUUCCGCCUCUUCUUUUUGAUCAGAGAGAUCCUUCGAUUCAACACACUGCAAUGGUCGUUUCACCACUUGUCAGCCUUAUGCAAGACCAACAACAGCAUCUUUCUAAUAUUGGAAUUUCGUCGACGAUUUUGUCGCCUUCAGACGUAGGGGCAAUGCUAGACGUCGAGAAGAAACCCGUAUCGAUCGUAUUCUGCACACCAGAAGCACUACAGACAUCCGCAGUUCGAAAACUUCUCAUGUCGAAGACGUUUAACAAACGACUUUCUUUGCUUGCUUGUGACGAGGCACACUGUAUCUCUGAAUGGGGCGAAAGCUUUAGGCCAGAAUAUCGACAGAUAGCAAUAGUAAGGAGCCUGGUGGACGCUCCUCUUCUAGCCCUAACGGCAACUGCUAUAGAGCAGGUUCAGAAGGAUAUCUGCCAGUACUUGAUGAUAGACGACACUGCUGUCUGCGUUGCUAAACUGCCAGAUAGAUAUUUUUGUAGAUCAUACUCAGCUGUAUACGACAUUUGGUCAUGGCUCACCGAUAAUCUCGACAGUGAUUAUGAAUGUAGGAUUGUAGAAAUGUACCAUUCAAGUACAGAUGAAAGAAAAAAGGAAGAGAUUCUGAAUGAAUUUAAGAAGAGUGACAGUCAGAUCAGAAUACUUGUAUGUACUGUCGCCUUUGGCAUGGGUGUAGGCAUCAAUGAUGUCGAGAUUAUCAUACAUUGGGGAGCACCAAAAAAUACGCUGAUGUACUGGCAGGAAGUUGGUCGGGCUGGGCGUGAUGGAAGACCGUCAUUGGCAAUCAUGUAUCCAUUCCCUAGAUCUUUAAUGAAGACUAUAACUUCCGAAAAAAUGAAAAGUGUUGUCAGAUCUGAAAGUUGUGUGCGACAAAGUGUGUUAGACACGUUGAGAACGGCAGCAAUGACAGAAUCUCUUACUACAAGAGUUGUUUGUCCUGAUUUAACAUGUGAAAUUUGCAUAUGCUUAUCAUGCUCGUGCUGCUCUAAUUGUAAAAAACUCUGUAGUUGUAUUGGUAACUCAGAUAUUGUCAAAGACUUUUUGAAAAGAAAAUUAAAGAUACAUCUUUGCUGACAUGAAUGUCUUAUAUGUUAAUGUCACAAAUAAAAAGGUUGGUCUACGAUAUUCUUAUUCGUUUUGUUUCUUUAGUGUAAAUCUACAGCUGUCUAAAUAAUCAAUGACUUAUGUUUUUCAAAUAUGUUAGUAAUUUUGGAAAGUGGUACUGCUAAACAAUGACAACAAAGUUGUUUUUAGUGAAAACAACUCUUUUUCGGUUAAAAUACUUAUACAAUCAAUUUUUAAAGUUUUAAACAGUCAGG